CGCUCGAGCCGGUCACAUAAUGGUCUGCUGACUCUGCUCCCUCUUCCUUCCUUCCAUUUCGCUGACCAACCUGCAUAUAGGCAGUACAAGGCAUAACAGCGACGACGAGCACAAAUAUCACAGGUGCUACUCACAAUUCUACGCCUAGUAUCAUGCCGCCAGAGCUCGAGCAGACGCUCGCUCUUCUAUCAUCACACCGUUCUGUCCUCGGAUACCUUUUACUCUCGCGUGGAGACCAUGUUAGUAUCAUACGUCAUUCAGGCGUUAUUUUUGAGGGAGAACAAGGAAAGAAGUAUGCGAGCGUCAUAGGCAAGAUGGUUGAGAGCGUGCAGGCAGGCUUGGAGGAAGUGAGUAUGUCGGAAAAUGAUGGAGACCAGAUUCGCUUCAUGAGAAUACGUACCAAACGCCAUGAAAUCAUGAUUUCGCCUGAUGAAAGAUAUCUCCUCGCGGUAUUACAUGACCCCGCUUCGUGAAUUUACCCUCACCUAUCAUAUUCUCUUAUAUCUUUGUGUUUAUCUUACUACUGUAUCGGUAGGAUCUCUUGGUAAUGCAGGCUUGUGAAACCGA